AGCUCGAUUCCGUAUGUAUCCCUUGCAACGGGCAACUCUGGCGAGAGCAGCAACCGUAAUAAAGCGGAUGAUGUCAAUAAAACCUGUUUCUGUCAUGCGCACCAUGACGUUCCCAAAAAGCAUGCUCUACGUACCUUUGACGAAUUUCACCGCCUUCAAGUGGGGGAUGUAUCUUCAAAUAGUGGUGCGUCAAUGCAACGUAAGUGAAGACAAGACAAGUCCCAUUUUUCGGGAAUGAAUUGACGAAAACGCGUCGAUUCGCGUACCAUGUAAACUAUAGAAUACUACGCCAUGACAACGGAAAACAUUCACCACGCGUCUUUGACGGGAUCCAUGCCGACGGCGUAUCGACCACCCACGGCACCGUCGGCCACAAGUUCCUCCGCUGCCAGCUCACCCAAACCCGAUAUGGAGAGAUUUUGGAACAUGAUGCUGGACAGCAGCAGUCUGCCGUUACUCGAUGAUACGUUACCGAACCCGACUCAUUUCGAUUCUAGACCGAACUAUGCUGGAGAAAAAGAGAAGUCGGUGCAAAAGAUGUUCCCACGAAGUAUUUCACCUGAAAUCGUGCCCUCGUCUUCCAAUCAAAGUCUUUACUCUGGCACGGAUGAAGAAGAGAGUGGAGGAAGCAGUGGUGCCAACGGCAGUAUAGGCGAUGAACGAGAUGGGCACCAUGGCGAGCGGUCAUCAUCCAAGGAUGACAAGCGUAGACGCAAUACAGCCGCAAGUGCUCGUUUUCGAAUCAAAAAGAAGAUGCGCGAACAAGCAUUGCAACGAACGGCCAAUGAAAUGACAGAAAAAUCGAUACGUCUGGAAGCACGCGUACAAGAGCUGGAACGUGAGAUCCGUUGGCUCAAAGCAUUGGUGGUCGAGAAAAAUGAAUCUCGUUUUGAGAAGAUGCUGCAAGACCCACAUCACGCACGGUCACUAUUGGGUGGGGUUGAAUUAACUCGUCAACCAGAUUCAUCCUAUCAGUAAUCGUAUCAACACUAUCAGAUACACACGUCCGGUUUCAAACUUUAUGCUUAUGAUCUAUGCCCUAUGAUUUAUGCUCCAUGCUUUAUGAUCUAUGAUUACCAAUUUAUGCUUACAAAUCAAGCUAGAUCUUCUUCCCCCCCCCCUUUUUUUCCAUUUUUUAUUCAUGUUUUGUGGAUUGUGUUUGUGCGGUAUGCACAUUUUCUUAUUUAUUUCUUGACAAUUUAUCUAUCGGGCAUUUUUGUAGUCAAAAG